GAAACGACACUCCCUUGAACUCAACGCCCAUAAUACAAACAUCUCCUCCUCUCUCUCUCUCUCUAUCGGCGUGUUUCUUCUUGGUGUGGAUCUUGACAAUGGGUUAUAUUGGAGGAGGAUAUGGUGACGAACCGGAUGAGGCGAUAGACCACAAAGGAGAUCCGGCCGACAAGUCCAGAACAGGAGGAUGGUUGGCCGCCGGCCUAAUAUUAGGGACGGAACUGUCGUAGAGAAUAUGCGUCAUGGGAAUAUCGAUGAAUUUGGUGACAUAUUUGGUGGGGGAUUUGCAUAUCUCCACUUCCAAGUCUGCAACCACUGUCACCAACUUUAUGGGAACUCUCAAUCUCCUCGCGCUCUUCAAAGGCUUCUUGGCCGAUGCAAAACUCGGACGUUAUCUGACGGUUGCCCUCUCCGCAUCUAUUGUCGCUCUGGGGGUCACCGUCUUAACCGUGGCCACAACGCUGCGUGGCCUAAGACCACCACCAUGCGAUCACCGUGGUACUGGUCAGGGCUGCAACUCGGCUAGCGGCUCGCAGCUCAUCCUGUUGUAUCUUGCUCUCUACACCAUUGCUAUUGGAGGUGGAGGCAUUAAAUCGACGGUCUCCGGGUUCGGCUCGGACCAAUUUGAUGUUCGUGACUCGAAAGAAGAGAAAGCCAUGAUUUUCUUCUUCAAUCGCUUAAGCCUUGGGUCUCUGUUUACUGUUACUGUGCUGGUGUAUGUGCAAGACAAUGUGGGCAGAGCAUGGGGGUACGGAAUCUCUGGAAUGACAAUGGUUCUUGCUGUGAUCGUUUUCCUUGUCGGCUCGAGAUGGUACCGCUUCAGGAGGCCGAGGGGUAGCCCCCUCACUGUUAUAGCAUCUGUUGUGGCCAAGGCGUGGAAAAACAGGAAAAUGUUUCUUCCCCUCAAUCCUGCCCUCUUGAAUGGAUUCCUUGAUGCCAAGGUGCGCACAGAUCGGUUCCGAUGGCUCGACAAGGCUGCGAUCGUUGCCUCGGAGAAUGGCACAAAAUCGAUGGUGACGGUGACAGACGUGGAGAAGGUGAAGAUGGUGGCGAAGCUAAUCCCAAUUUGGUCAACCUGCAUCCUUUUCUGGACAGUGUACUCGCAGAUGACCACCUUCUCAGUUGAACAGGCCACCAGGCUCAACCGCCACUUGGGUGGCCAUGGCUUCGAGAUCCCUGCAGGCUCACUCUCCGUUUUCCUCUUCCUCUCCAUCCUCCUCUUCACUUCCCUAAACGAGCGAGUCUUUGUCCCCCUUGCUCGCCGCCUCACCAGGCGCACGCACGGCAUCACUAGUCUGCAGCGAAUCGGCACGGGGCUCACUCUCUCCAUCGCUGCAAUGGUCACCGCAAGCCUAUUCGAGCACAGACGACGCCGGUCCAUCACCAGUCCCCCUCUCAGAGUAUUAUGGCUUGUGCAGCAAUACUUCUUGGUGGGCGCUGGCGAGGCGUUCGCAUACGUGGGGCAACUGGAGUUCUUCAUCAGGGAAGCGCCCGAGAGGAUGAAAUCUAUGAGCACAGGAUUGUUCCUGAGCAGCAUCUCCAUGGGUUUUUUUGUGAGCAGCUUGUUAGUGGACUUGGUCGACUGGGCCACUGGUGGUGCAUGGAUCAAGAACAACUUGGACAAAGGCAAGCUCGACUAUUUUUACUGGAUGCUUGCGGUGCUCAGUACCCUCAACUUGCUGGUUUUUAUGACCUUUGCGAGGGGCCACGACUACAAGGAGCAACCUCGGUGGGUCGACUCACAUACCAAGUGUAUGAUGAAAGGGGCGGAGGACGUCGGAGUCGGAGAGUUGGGGAUGGGGGACCUCAAUAACAACAACCAUGUCUGCGUGAAGGUGUGACAUGUGAGCGACACCAUAUCUCUCUUAAUCUUUGGUUUGGGUAAGUGAGUGGAGAAGAUAGGCCCUACCUGUUAUCUCAGUGUCAGCGACAUUUAAAAGCACAAUAAAGGUGUUUAAUGUCUAGGACUCCCAUGUAUCUAUGUAUUUAUCAAUGUUUAACAUUGUAUUUGUAAAACUUAUCUAUCAAUAAUAACGUUGCAAAGGUUCAA